AGAGGCUAAGAAGGAUACACCCGGAAGUCUCUGAGGCGUGCUGGAACCGCGCCGCCGGAGGCCUCGCCGCUAUGGGCCGCAACAAGAAGAAGAGGCGAGAUGGCGACGACCGGCGGCCGAGGCUCGUUCUCAGCUUUGAUGAAGAGAAGCGGCGGGAGUACCUGACUGGCUUCCAUAAGAGGAAGGUAGAGCGGAAGAAGGCAGCCACUGAGGAGAUCAAGCAUCGGCUCAAGGAGGAGCAGAAGAAGCUCCGGGAGGAGCGGCGUCAGGAAUACUUGAAGAUGCUGGCAGAAAGAGAGGAGGCCCUGGAGGAGGCAGAUGAACUGGACAGGCUGGUGACGGCGAAGACAGAGUCGGUGCAGUAUGACCACCCCAACCACACGGUCACCGUGACCACCAUCAGCGACCUAGACCUCUCGGGGGCCCGGCUGCUGGGACUGCCCCCACCAGAGCAAGGGACUGACCACAGGCCCGAGGAAGAGGUGACCUCCACGGAAAAGCCGACCAGAGCCUUACCCCGGAAAUCCAGAGAUCCCCUCCUGUCCCAGCGGAUCUCCGCUCUCACGGCGUCACUGCACGCACACAGCCGCAAGAAGACCAAGAGGAAACGUCCCCGACGGGCUCCGGACUCCACCAAGAAGCCCCCAAGUGCCACCCGUACGAGCAAGACUCAGCGCCGCCGGCUGACGGGCGCGGCCCGGCACGGCGCAGAGUGAGCCCGGAGAACCAGGCUGUGCCCCGCCCAGGCUGAAAGCUUGGCAGUCCCAAGAACCCAGCGACUCUGCGGCCCAGGCCUGGGAGGCCAGCACCUGUGGCCCGGAGCUGGGACUCGGGAGGGGGCAGGCAGCUGAGAGGUGGCUCCCAGCGGGAGGAGCCUUCAGAGCCGAAUCCUGGGCAUCUUCCCACCGGUGUCCCCACGGAGCCAUCAUCAGAUUGUGAAACUGAGCGCGCUCGUGGUCUUGUUUGUCCCUGACCCUGACGCCACGUGCCAGGGGCCGGCUUCUGAGGUGGAUGAAACGGUCCAGCAGUGUCCAUGUGGGUGUGAGAAAGUGGUAGAAUCCAGUCACCCCGCGGCUGCGAGAAGCCACUGCUGGGCGGGGGGCUGGGGGGCUGGGGGGCUGGUGCCAGACUCCGCCCUUCACUGUCUGCGACUCUGGGUCUGUCCCUUCCUGGCCUCGCUGUCUCCUCAGCUGGAACUGAAGUGGUGGGAGCGGGUGAGUUCCAGGAGCAUUCCCCACCCAGCUUGGGACCAGUGAGAGACGGGGAAGGUGACAGGAGAAGCAACAAGUCCCACCUGGCCCCUGGGUGGGGGUGGGGGUGCCGGCAGGAGGGAGCUGAAGUCCCAAGCAGGUCCUCUUUCUGCUCAGCCCAGGGAGGGCUGCCGUUGGGGAGGCUCAGGAACAGGGGCUCCGUAGGCUGUGUCUCCGGGGGGCUGGCACUCUCCCGUGUCACCAUCCAGACCCGCCAUCUGGUGCCUGCGUGAAGGCCACACCUGGACAUGGGAAUGCGAAGCUCGGGGCUUCUGGGUGGGAGGCGCUGUGACCUGGCCCUUUGGCUCCUUCCACCGGCUCUUCCCGAUAGCCUCCCUGUCCCUGGGGUGGGGUGACUUGCUCCCUGGGCUGCAUCCAUCCUGGGCAGAGGGUGGGGCCUGCUAGCAAGCUCGCCUGGUGCUUCUAGUGCUCAACCUGGGGCGGGGAGUGUGAGCCUUGCCCUCGCCCGCCCCCCUCCCCCCCGGAGAACACAUCCUGGGCCUAAGGGAUUAGUGCAUGGGGGAGGGCGUGGGUUUGAAUCCUCACUCUGCCACUUGGCCUCCAUGUGGGCACUUUGCUGUGCUGACCUCUCUGGGCAUAUCCCCAAAAGUAAGAAGUCAAGACACCCCCCUCCUGGGGCUGCCCCGAGGCCAACAGGAGCCCUGAGAUGAGCCACCUCCCGCAGCCCCUGGCAUCCCGCAGGAGCACCUGCGGUGUGUGCUCCCGGCCUCUGCUGACCCUGCAACGGCUGACCCACGGCUCUUCUCCCAUCCCCAGUGCCACAGGGUCAUUUACCAUUUAGAUCUACACGUUGUGAUGUUUACAAGUAUUAAAUUCUCAUUCGCUCUCC